ACUCCGGACUCCAUGUGACACUGGGUCAUUUAGUAGUUUUGAUUAACCCGUGGGAACAUAAUGAUUGACUUCACAUUUUAUCUGCCAAUUUUCUUCUAGUUUAGUGUCAGCUGAGAGUGCUUGUGGAGAAGAGUACCAUAAUUUAGACUUUCUACCACUAGAUGCCACUACAACCCUUUGUCUUGAAGGGCAUGAAGAGAGUCAACUAAGAGUCAGUGUAGCAUCUCACUGACAGCAGGAGGCACGACAUUAGCCAAUGAAGCGUUAACAUCAUCCGUAUUCUCUCCCUCCCACAACCUAUUUAAACAAGCAUCUGCCCUUAGCUUGGGUCUUCGGGAAACCCGUAGCACACAAUCGCGAAUAACUGUCAUCUUCAGUUGAAGAGACGUUAUGGCUUUGGCAGAUCCUGAUUGUGGAAUAUCAAACGGCGCGGAUUCCAGGCCCCCGUUUUCUGACAUUAUUGAACUAAAUGUAGGAGGACAAGUGUAUGUGACACGGCAUACGACUUUAACAGCCGUACCGGAUUCUCUCCUGUGGGUCAUGUUCAGUAAGAAGACACCGACAGAACUGGCACGGGACAGCAAAGGUCGCUUUUUUCUGGACAGGGACGGCUUUCUUUUUCGUUACAUUUUAGACUAUCUACGGGAUCUACAUCUGGUUCUGCCUGACUAUUUUCCAGAAAAGAACAGAUUACAGCGAGAGGCUGAGUUUUUUCAGCUGAGGGACCUGUCCAAGCUCGUGUGUCCCAAAAUGAGUAAAGACAACUCCAUCACCGAUGAGAUCUGCCAGAGUGACUCGGAGGAGCCGAGCGCAACUGCGACUCCGUUGGUCGGACCCGACACCUCUCGCACGCUGUCCGUCGCCAGCACCGCUCAUUCUCCUUCCCUGGAAUCCAAAAAGUCGGGCUACAUCACAGUCGGUUACCGGGGCUCUUAUACAAUCGGAAGAGACAUACAAACAGACGCCAAAUUCAGACGGGUCGCGAGGAUCACGGUGUGCGGGAAAACUUCUCUUGCUAAGGAGGUGUUCGGAGACACUUUAAACGAGAGCAGAGACCCGGACCGACCUCCGGAGAGGUACACGUCACGCUAUUAUCUGAAAUAUAAUUUUCUCGAGCAGGCUUUUGACAAACUGUCAGAGUUUGGCUUCCACAUGGUCGCGUGCAGCUCCACUGGCACUUGCGCUUAUUCCAGCAGUGACCCAAACGAGGACAAAAUCUGGACAAGCUACACAGAGUAUGUUUUCUGUCGCGAAUGAGCCCAAAUAUGUUGCAUUUAAUUGUGUGUAUAGCCAUUCGAUUACAAGAGUAAAGUUUCAUCCGUCUUUUUUAGAGGUGCAACUGGGAGUUCGCCUCAUUCACAUGGGCUAUAGGCACUUGUUUCGUUUUUUUUUUUUUUUUUUUUUUUUUUUUUUUUUGCAUCAUCGUUAUAUCGGCUGUUUACUCUGAGACUUUUAAAGCCUAUUACAUAUGUAUUGAAAUAAUUAACGAACGCAGAAUAACAAGGCCUAGCUAUUAUUGCAUUUCCCGUUGUAGUUUAAUUUUGUUUGAAGAUAAAGACGUUUUUUAAUCCUGAUUUGAGGGCCUAUUUGUUAAAGGUCCCAGAUGUGUUUAGUAUAGGCUACUUGCUAUUCUUUAUGCAUGUAUUUUAAAUGAAUAGCCUAUGUAAAAUAUUUCUUCAUUUAAUAUGUCGAACACAUUAAGUUAUACGAUUUUGAUGAUUGUCCAUAAUGGUGUUUUUCUUGGACAGUUCCACUUUCAGGAAAUGGGAUAUCACUCCAUCAUUCUAGGCAACAAUCUGAUGGAUUACUUUGUGUGCACCAGAUCAGGUCUCAGUGACACUUAAUAAGUUUAGCUUUAUCUUUUCACUGUAAAUAAAUAAUCCACCAAAACGAAAACUGUAAAUAUAAUUGCUGCCUUUUUUUUUCUAAAAUUAAAGUUGUGCCAAAGUUGCCUGCAGUGAUUUAUUGCACUUUUUUUUUUUGAAUUUCAUUAGGUAUUUAGGAAAUAGUAGAACCUCUUAACAUAAAAUGAAGAAAAAUAAAUUUGUUAUAAAUUAAAUCAAUUACAACAUCUUAAAAGUGAGGCUUACAAUUGUAUAGCAUACGCUACAAUUGGAUUGUAUUAAAUGUUGCACACUUUUUUGUUUGAGCAAAGAAUGGGAAUAGUUUCUGGUCUGUGUGUAUCUCUAAAGUUUGAGGUUUCUAUGCCUAUAUUACUACCGAGUGUGUCCUUUUAUUCCAACAUUGUAAACAUUCUCUAUCCGUUGUUUGUUCAAUGAGUCAAUCAUUCAAUAAAUUACAAUCUGUUAAUCUUUCAGCCCUA